ACAAACUUCAAACUUUUCCAGCUCUGAACGAGGACUGUAACUGUCAGACCUAUCAACCAGAAAGCUGAAAGUUGGAUUUCUGUAAUUUUGCUCAUUUUUUGUCCUUUUUUUCCCACCAACUUUUCAAGGGACUUUUGUUUUAAUUCAGCGCCUGGCUGUGUUUUAUUGCUACUGAGCACCAUGUCUUUUGGAGCGCUUACUUCUCCAGGAAAAAGUUCUUUGAAUGGGAGUGGGUUUUUUGACAUUGGUUCAACAGAAGAUCAGGAACCUCCACCUCCACUCCGUAGCUACCUUUGUUUGACUAUUUUCACCUGUUUUUGUCCUGCAUACCCCGUCAAUAUUGUGGCCCUAGUCUUUUCUGUCAUGGUGAGUAUGUAGCUUGGCUGAAGCGUUUCCUUAAUAUAAGUUAGUAUGUAUGAUAUGUGUAAGUACUUUUGUUUAUCAUGAGAGAAAUGUGUGUCAGAGAUUUGAGAUGAGCUCUGUCCUCGGGUUCAAAUUUGUCAGAGUUAAAGACAUGCUGUAUGUUGUGAGUGUGUUGGACUCUGAAGAUACAAGUGAGUCACAAACAGCUGUGCUGCCUGUCAAAUGAAUGAACCUGAUCCUGAUUUUGAAAAAUGAACCUAGUCAUCCAUGUUGAAAACUGUUGAUGUUAACAUUCAGUCGGUGGCCUGACUUUUAGUGCACUGUCCUCUGUUUUGACUCUAAUCACUCAUCAGGCUUUCUAAAUGUUGUUCUUGCCAGUUUUCGAAGAAGUGUAAGUGCACUCACUUCCUCGACUUGCAUACAAAGACGUACCCAUUUCAACAACAGCUGUGGAUUUUUAUGUUUUUGGCAGGAUAAAUCACAAGGCUAUUAUUUUAUGACAGACAGAUGAAGCUCUCUUUAGCUCUCCUUGACUGCCAAGAGUGCAACUACACUAGUAAACAUUAGCCUAGAAAUACAGUCCAUUUAUAGUAACAAGAAAACUGUACCAACCGCAACACAGAGCCAAGAUAAAGCAAUCACGUUCACGUAGAUCAUGUCUCUGCUUGGACUGAUGCCUAGGAAAUAACAGGAAGGUGUCUGCAGGUUGCAUAAUGGUCACCAGUGUCAUAAAAAAAACUGCAGUUUCAAUGACGUCCACCUCUUAAAGAGUAAAACUAAACUUCUGGUAAGAAAGCUUUAAACUUCUCUGUAAUUAUCUACCAAUCAUAAAGAUUGUUGGUGUUUUCGUCAAAUAAAGCUCAGUAUGUUUGUGGUGGUUUUCAAAGUAAAAGCCUUGAAUAUAUUGACUGGAUUUUAUGUGUAACAGUGAUUUCUCAUUUUCAGUCGAGGUACAGCUAUUAUUCUGGUGACUACGACGGCUCAAAACGACUGGGCAGGAAUGCUAUGUACGUUGCUGUCGCCUCCAUCAUCAUUGGUCUUCUUGUCAUCGCCAUCUCCUGCAUCGUCCAUUUUACUGCCGUAAGACACACACCUUAGGCAGCACUCAGUAAACUUUAAGUCCACAAACAUAGGGUAGAAGACAGAAAUUAAAGUUUUUAUGUGUCUGCAAGCAUUCACAUACCUAAUGGUGUUGUUUUUAUUGUCUUUUGAAUAUAAUACAGCUCUACAUUUACUGAGAUGUAUUAUACUAUACUGUAUAUUUACUGUAUAACCAUAAUCAACUUAAAAGUGCAAGUAAAAUUACGUAUCUCUGAUUAAGAUAAUGUAGAAAGUCUUAGAAAGCAGAGGGUCAACAGUUGAGUUGCUCAGUCCAAAAUGACUUUGACAUUGUUGCUGUGGCUAACAGAUGCUAAAUAGCGAAUAUGGCAGUGUAUGUUGAGCUAGCUAACUGAUCUUCGCUACCCGAUCUGUCCUGGAAACCUGAUUUGUACUGCGUACAUGCGAAAUGUAUGUCACUUCCUCUACUUGCCAUCUUUAUGACAGCUCAGCAAUUCUUUUCCCCUUGCAGUUUGCGACAGCUUCAAAACUUGUUUGACGGCUUCAGCAUCAGCGAGCUCGCUACAGUCAGAAUGGACUUUUCUUCCCCGACUGCUUCCUCUGACUAAAGCAGAGCACCAAAAAGUCAAGGGAAUGGCACCCAGUUUUAUGAUUAAAGGUUCCUAAAUUGUAAAAUUGCAGCGUAGUUAUAAAAGGCUUGAAUGAAUGUGAAUGUUUCACUGUGGAAAUUAUACGCUGUAUAAAAACGCUGAAAUUCAUUGGCCAUACUGUGUAUGCUUCUAGCUCAUAAAUUUUAUUUUUCAAAUAAAUGAAAAGUCAGAAAACCAAGAAUUUGACCGGGUGGUGGCGCUCUCUGUGGCCCGGGGAUGGUGCACCAUAGGUGGCCACACACCUCCAGAGCAUCCCCUUUAUACUGUGAAACGUCAGAGAACCAUAAUUUUUGCUGGGUGGUGGCGCUCUCCCUGGCCCAAAAGGUCUCAGUGCUGGGCAGGAGCUCUGGCGAAUGCCUCGGCAUUAGCUCUGGAGCCUCCUGCUAGCUAGCCUGUCACACUGCCAGCUGGUUUCUGAAAUCGAUCGGUAGUUUAAAUGAAGUUUUUAGGGUGAAGUAAAUUUGCACUUGCGCAGUACGGAUCAGGUAGGUAGCGACUCACUGCUGUAAAAUACAUUGAAAUGCCAUGAGAGGAAGUGACGCACAUUUCGCAGUACUCAUCGGGUUUCCAGGGACGGAUUGGGUAGUGACAUGAUCUAAGGGGCUGUGUUCUCCCUGAUGCUGAAAACACUGAACAGGAAAUGACACACCAAAAUAGCCCUCAGUGGACACAGGCCCUUAAAGAUGCUCUGUAAGACAGCAGUUUGUUUACAAUGCCUGCAUUUGUGUUAUAGAUGGAUUUUUGAUGCUUUGGACUUUGAUGGGAAAGAGAGAAGAAAAAAGACAAAAAGACACUUGAACAGAGAGCUGUGGACGACAAUGUUUGGACGGGCUUAAAUGAUUCGUUUACCAUCUGAAGACUGGAUAUGCUUUGACCCCAGUCUGUACAUCACUUCCUCUUAUGUGGUCUCUUCUUCAAACAGAUGAUUAAGGACUAUAAAAAUGUAAGAAUGAGGCAGCUUUCUACAAAUGUGUGGGGAAUUCAUGGUUUACAGAAAGACUUUGUGAUGUCGAUGUAAUAUAAGAUGCUUUUUCAGUGUUUAAUCAAAAAUUUGAAGACUUUAAAGUCUGAGUAGUGUGAACAAAUUACUGUACAUAAAAAAACAAGAAUUGUUCAGUUCUGUUGGUGUUACAUUAGUUAUAUUAAAAACUAAAUGAUGUGUUUGUCAUAAAAUAACAUUAUGUGUACGGUAUGUUUUUCUUCCCCUGUCAAGUGCCUUUGGCAGCUCUCAUCUGAAGGACAUAGAAAAAUAACUGAUAAUGUAACCAGGGUGACUCAGUCAUUUUGGUGAUUGGAUGAAUGAGAUAUUUGUCUAAAUGCUGUAUGGAAAAUGAUCCAAUAAUUAAGGAGACUAUUUCAUGUUUUAAAUUGCUUCAGUUUAACCCUAAACCAAAUCUUGUCUUCUAAACCCCCAAUCUGCUCUCUUGACAUGCCGCUUAACCGUCAUACUAUUCAUGUAUUUCAGAAUAGCUAGUUUUUGAGGCCCUGACUCAAUUUCACUGUGUUAAAAUGAGGAUAUAAAGCACUUUUAUUAGAAUUAUUUGGCAAUAUUGUCUCAGGCCUUCUCCAGAUAUAUCUCUAUAUUUAUUUUUUUACACACGAUGGCUGAGAUACUUUUCUGAACCUUAAGCUAAAACCCACCUUGCUGGGAAAUGUUCUUGUAGUUUGAUAUGUCACAGUAUACAACUGACUAAAUAUAGACGAUGUCCCUGACGUGUUGAAGACUGGCAUGUCAUGAUCGGGCAGUACUGACCCUGCUGUGAGGUAGCCGAAACAUAGUCCGAGUGUCAUAAGAGAGGAAACACAGAUAUGAGUCAGAUUCAUCCUGAACUUCAUCUCAGGCUGUUUUGAUGACCACGAUUUUCACGGUUUGUAAAUUACAGACAGAUCUAAGAAUGCAGGGCUUGAGUUGGUGGAUUUGGUUAAACCAAUCCUCUGAGUGCAGGUGUAUGAGAAACCAGUGCCUCUGAUGUAACAAGGCUGUUGUCAAAUAAUUUCUGCAGUUAUUCUGUUGCACUUUGACAAAUGAGUUUUGGCAGUAAUCUUGUACAAUUACCUCCCAUUACUUGAAAGAGAAAAGCAGUGUGUUUGUAGUGCCACCUCUUUGAUGUCACACCAGAGCAAAACUGAAGAGAACAAGAUGAAAAACCCCAAUGAGGGCAGGGAUUAGGUGACUUGAAAGCACCUAAGAUUAUGUAGGGAUCAGGGUGCAUUUGUGAAGGAAAAAUGAUGACCUUGCUAUGUAAUGGGGCUCUUUUGUGUAAAAAAAAAAAAGAAAGAAAAACAGGCAUAAUUUAUGAAAAGUUACAUUAGAUUUUUUUCAACGUUGUGUUAAAAGGAGAUGCAAAUAUUCAUCUUUGUGAGAAAACAGCUUUUUUUGUAAUAAAUAAUUUUCUUUACAGAUCACAUUCACAGAAAGGCUUCACCUGUAGCUGCUCUGUUGUGCCGCCUCACUGUUGCAAUACAUUUCAAGAGCACUUCAUGACUCACAUGAAGUGCUUAAAAAAGGCCACUCUGUUCCCAUUAGCAGUAGAUACAGCAGCCAUGUGUAUGUAUCCUGUGACACAUUCCUUCCAGCGAGCAACAGUUUGUUCCCGUUUGAAUAAAUGAAAGAGGAGAACUGUGGGAAAGACGAAGAGCUGGCAGUGAAACACAAAAACACAUUCAGGUACCUGAUAGCUGUAAAAGUAUGAAACCCAAAAGUCCCCAUGGGUUUACAUGCUGACAAAAUGUCUUCUAAAGUAUUUCAUGAUGCUGAUUUUGUGUUUUUUAAACAUAUAUUUUAUCUUGUUUUGGAUAACACAUUGCCUGGAGUUCUUCCUUUGACACAUAUAGAUAACAGACUGACUGUACAAAAAACACAUAUUACACACAAUAUUUCCACUUAUUGCUUUGGUAAAGGUGUAAACAGAUCAAUAUGAUGUGAACAUAAUUUACCAGAUCAAUCUAAACACUCCCCUUAAGCCCAGGUUUUGGUCUCCACCGCUGCCUGUGAUGAAUACAUGGCUCUGUAGUUACUAAAUAUUCGGCUUUACAAUCACACAGCUGCUUCCUGUUUUGUUUGUUAUUGUCUACCUGUCAUCGACUUAAUGCGAUCCUCACAUUGGUUUACACAUGCAAAUUACACAAUGUUCAGACAAAGUGAGGCCGUGAUAGGGUAGAAAUGAUGUGUUCCUAAGAUCAAAUUAUACACUUCUGAAUAUCUUUGAUUGUUUAACUUGUUAGAAUCAAGUAAAAAGAGUGCCACUGCUCUGUAAUGCUGAAUUCAUCACACUUGACAACUGGUGCGCCUUCUCCUCUGUCUUGUUCGGAUGUUAAAUCACACUUUAUAACUGCUCCUCCUGGUAAAGUCACAGUCUUUAUUUAGAUUUUAUUGCAUCAUCAUGUGUGACGUGUAAUAAAUGCUCUUUUGUAACCUAGUACAAUUUGUUCCCUGUAUGACAGGAAUAAAACACUGGUGUGGUACACAAA